AGGAUCUUUGAACAGGUCAAUAAGGCUGUAAAAGUUUGUCUUUGCGUACUUCCUGUGACAAGAGUAUGAAAGCAACUCACAGGUCGACAUACAGGUUGCUGUACAUUCAGAGGUCUUGGUUGUUAAGAGAGCUGUUGAAAGCCCUAAUAGUGAUGAGGAGGCUGCUGGAUAGAAACGUAAGGAAUUUCCUUGAACUGUACCUUAGGAUUCUCUUUUGUGUGUUCUCCACACGGAGACAGACGCCUGCCACAACAACAGACUGCGCAUCAUGCAGAAUGAAAGUUGGUUACUUGAUAUGAUAAAGUUCUUAAUCACGCCUUUGAUGUGCAUAGCACUGUACCUGCUGUGUUGCCGUAGAAAAUGGCUGUGCACUCAGGAAGAAGAGUCAGAUGACUCCUCUGUCUAUGUCAUCCCUAUGCAUGAAGAAGAGAGGACAGAAGGACGAAGGGAGGAGGCAAGUCCCCCCAGUAGACCUCCUCGGCCCUCAAGGGCCCCAACCCCUCCACCGUUACCCACGACUGUCUACAGACCUCCCUAUAGAGAACUGCCGCCGUAUAGCUCAGUGGAUCUCAUCAACCCUGCACCGCCAUACACUCCGUUUGACCCAAAGGACCCAGAGGACGUUCCACCUUCCUACCGAGCGGUGAUAGAGGACAUACCACCCAUCUACUCAGCAGUGGUGGUGUCAGAUGACCUUCCAUCUGUCUGGUAUCCGCCACUGCCCCCAGUCUCACCCCCCUUACUCUCAAGUCCAGGUUACGCCCAACUCCCGUUACCAAGACCCUAACAUGGACGCGACUUGCACAAUUGAGAAUUCCAUUUAAUCCCACAGCACUUCUACUACAGCCUGGUCCCAGAUUUGUUUGUGCUGUCUUGCCAACACCUAUAGGCAGCACAAACAGAUCUGGGACCAGGCUAUGUCUGCUAUUCCCUUGCACCUCCAUGGGGUUCAUAUAGAGCUCUGAACAUGCAUAUUCAGGCCGUCCAAAGAACAAUGCUGAUUAAUCUACGUUUUUGAGGAAACUUUGGAUUUAUGUGAUACAGGUAGGGCCUAGAGUUGUUCCCGGUUGGUGAAAACUCAGGGCCUGAAAUACUGUAUAGUGGUACAUCUUAUUUAAAUUGAACACUUUCAUCACUGACGUGACAUUGUACUGUAAAGUAUCUGGUUCGGCUUGUGUAGAGGACUGGGCCAUCAUGGAGUCAUUGUUAAUUUCAUCAACAAAAAUAGUGACUAAAAUAAUCACCAAGGUGACUCUCUUGCUUCACCUUAACCAGUCAACACCACCAGCCUUCUAGUUAGCUAGAAUACUCUUUGCUGGUUAAGAAAUACAAGCUGCUUUACCAAAUUAAAAACAAUAACAGCAUUGUGUUUAAUAGUAAAACAACAGUCUAGCUAUGUUUUUCUCUUCCUUGAGUAGGCUAUAGAAAGGUAGGCGGUCUUUUAAAUUUGUAGUCUCAUUCAACCCUCCCACUUUUCCCACUGCAUUUCAUAUACAGGUUCUGUUGUCAAGUGUCCCUCCCACCUUGAUUUAAGCCCUUAAGGUACCAUUUAAACGACAUGACACAUAAUAACAGCGCUAUGUUUUUUUUAUUUAGAUCGUGCAUUGGCGGGCAGCAUUUUACAUUCAUAAAGCAUAUCACAGGCCGUUCUUAAACUAGGUUACUUGCAGACUGGACCGUUAUUUGUUCAGGCUACACCUUGUUCAGUUAUGUUACCUCAUUGGCUAGCUAAAGCUAGCAACCUGGGGGAAUGUUCAGCAGGACCCAACAUUUUGAAACGUUCAGAUAUAAAUAUGCUCUGUAGAACAAACACGCCUCUCUGACAUGUUGAAUAAGAAAUAACGUAGCCUCUAUUCUUGGAAUUUCUAUCUGCAAUGUUCAAGAACGUUUUUCAACUGAACGUGGCCCUGGUAACAUUAUUGGUAGCCUACAGUGACUGGAAAGUAUUCAGACCCCUUGACUUUUUCCAAAUGUUGUUACUUUACAGCCUUAUUCUAAAAUGGAUUAAAUAAAAAUGAUCCUCAGCAAUUUACACACAAUACCCUAUAAUGACAAAGUGAAAACGGGUUUUUAGAAUUUUUGGCAAACUUAUUAAAAAACAAACACAUUUACAUAAGUAUUCAGCAAUGAAAUUGAGGUCAGGCCUUUAUGGUCAAAUGGAAGGCACUUCUGAGUAAAAGGCACAUAACAGCCUGCUUGGAGUUUGCCAAAAAAGCACCUAAAGACUCUCAGACCAUGAAAAAACAAGAUUCUCUGGUCUGAUGAAACCAAGAUUGCACUCUUUGGCCUGAAUGUCAAGUGUCAUGUCUGGAGGAGACCUGGCACCACCCCUACUGUGAAGCAUCGUGGUGGCAACAUCAUGCUGUAGGGAUGUUUUUCAUUGCAAGUACUGGGAGACUAGUCAGGUUUGAGGAAAAAAAUGAACGGAGCAAAGUACAGAGAGAUCCUUGAUGAAAACAUGCUCCAGAGUGAUCAAGACCUCAGCCUGGGGCGAAGGUUCACCUUUCAACAGGACAACGACCUUAGUCACACAGCAGGACAAGACAACGCAAGAGUUGCUUCGGGACAAGUCUCUAAAUGUCCUUGAGUGGCCGAGCCUGGACUUGAACCCGAUCUAACAUCUCUGCAUAGACCUGAAAAUAGCUGUGCAGCAACGCUCCCCAUCCAACCUGACAGACCUUGAAAGAAUCUGCAGAGAAGAAAGUAAGAAACUCCCCAAAUACAGGUGUGCCAAGCUCGUAGCGUCCUACCCAGCAGACUUGAGGCUGUAAUCGCUGCCAAAGUUGCUUCAACAAAGUACUUAGUAAAGGGUCUGUGAUAUUUAUUUUCUUUUAUAUACAUUUCCUAUAAAUUCUAAUAACUUGUUUUUGAUUUGUCAUUAUGGGGUAUUGUGUGUAGGUUGAUGAAGGAAAACACUUUCUAAAAUACAUUUUAGAAUAAUUUAUAAAAUAAUAAACCUAACAAAUUGUGGGAAAAGUCAAGGGGUUUGAAUACUUUCCGAAGGCACUGUAUAUGCAACCAUUUUGCGGCACAGAGAGAAAGCAAAAGGGAUUGUAAACAAUUUAUUGAAAUUCUUCUUGCCACUACACAAGGUCUGACUGGGUAAAUAACUAUAUUUUGAGUUAAUGUGGACCCAGUGACUCAGACUUGAGCACUUGGACCAGGACUCAAGCACUGGGACUCUAACUUCAGCCACUUACUUGUGACUUGGACUCGAGCACAGGGGACUUGGGACUUGAUUCGGACUUGAGGUUCAGUGACUCAAAUACAUCACUGGGUGAAAUAGUUAUUAGCUCCCUUUCAAAAUCAUUAGCCCCUGUUCAAUGUGGCGUCUGUGAAACAUUCAUAACAAUGGUAAUGACGUGACCGAAUGAUGGCGGUGCAAUCCAUACUACUUUGGGGCACCAUCGGGUUUGUUUUGUAUGUAUGUAUCUAUGUAGGCUGAAUUAGGAAUUUACAUGGGCAGAGAAUUCAAAUACAAUUUUAUUCUUAUUUACAGUACUAGUCAAAAGUUUGGACACACGUUCUCAUUCAAGGAUUUUUCUAUAUUUUUACUACAUUGUAGAAUAAGAAUAGGUAAGAAAUCAAAAUGAUGAAAUAACACAUGGAAUUAUGUAGUAACCAAAAAAAUGUUAAACAAAUCAAAAUAUAUGUUAUAUUUGCGAUUCUUCAAAGUAGCCACCCUUUGCCUUGAUGACACUUUGCCCACUCUAGGCAUUUUCUCAACCAGCUUCAUGAGGAAUGCUUUUCCAAUAGUUUUGAAGGACAUAUUCCCACAUAUUCCCACAUAUGUUGAGCACUUGGUAGCUAAUUUUCCAUCACUCUGCGGUCCAACUCAUCCCAAACCGUCUCAAUUGGGUUGCGGUCAGAUGAUUGUGGAGGCAAGGUCAUCUUAUGUAGCACUCCAUCACACUCCUUCUUGGUCAAAUAGCCCUUACACUGCCUGGAGGUUUGUUUUGUGUCAUUGUCCUGUUGAAAAACAAUUGACAGUCCCGCUAAGUGCAAACCAAAUUGGAUGGCGUAAUGCUGCAGAAUGCUGUGGUUGCCAUGCUGGCUAAGUGUGCCUUGAAUUCUAAAUAAAUCAGCGACAGUGUCACCAGCAAAGCACCCUCACACCUCCCCCUCCAUGCUUCACGGUGGGAACCACACAUGCAGAGAUUAUCCGUUCACAAAGACACAGUGGUUGGAACCAAAAAUCUCAAAUGUGGACUCAUCAGACCAAAGGACUGAUUUUCACCGGUCUAAUAUCCAUUGCUCAUGUUUCUCAAGUCUCUUCUUGUGUCCUUUAUUAGUGGUUUCUUUGCAGCAAUUUGACCAUGAAGGCCUGAUUCACACACCCUCAACAGUUGAUUUUGAGAUAUGUCUGUUACUUGAACUCUGUGAAGCAUUUAUUUGGCCUGCAAUCUGAGGUGCAGUUAACUCUAAUGAACUGUAACUCUGGGUCUUUCUUUCCUGUGGCAGUCCUCAUGAGAGCUAGUUUCAUCAUAGCGCUUGAUGGGUUUUGCGACUGCACUUGAAGAAACUUUCUUGAAGAAAGUUCUUGAAAUUUUCUGGAUUGACUGACCUUCAUGUCUUAAAAUAAUGAUGGACUGUCCUUUCUCUUUGCUUAUUUGAGCUGUUCUUGACAUAAUAUGGCCUUGGUCUUUUACCAUAUAGGGCUAUCUUCUGUAUACCAUCCCUACCUUGUCACAACACAAUUGACCUACCUUGUCAAUUCCAAAAUGUACUUUUAACUAGGCACACCUGUUAAUUGAAAUGCGUUCCAGGUGACUACCUCAUGAAGCUAGUUGAGAGAAUGCCAAGUGUGUGCAAAGCUGUCAUCAAGGCAAAGAGUGGCUACUUUCAAGAAUCCCAAAUAUAAAUAUAAUUUGUUUAACACUUUUUUUGGUUUACGAUAUGAUUUAUUUCAUAGUUUUGAUGUCUUCACUAUUAUUCACAAUGUAGAAAAUAGUUUAAAAAAUAAAAACCCUGGAAUGAGAAGGUGUGUCCAAACUUUGACUGGUACUGCAUGUUUGUCAAAUUUUCUUCUGUUGGUAAGACAAUAGGAUGUUAUGCAGAAAAAUAUGUCGAUAGGACCAUGAUUUGUACUAUAUGUUUGUCCACAUGGAAAUCAGUGAUUUGUGUUUACUAUAGGUUGAGGCAAAUGUAAUGUGACUACAAUGUGGCUAAAAUGAAAGGGCAUUUAGUUGACAAAAAUGACCCAGUGUUUUCGUACAUUUUGACAAUAAUUAGACUAAAUUAGAUAUUCAAAUGACAAAAAUGUGACUAAGACAUAAUGAUAUUUUAGUCAAAAUUACUAAGACUAGACCAAAUCUUUUAAAAAAGAGUGCCAAAAUGAACACUGUAUGGAAGAGUUUCUUGUGAAGAAGUUAUAACACUGAAUAAAUGCACCUUUAUAUUUGUCAUAUUUUGACAAAUAGUGCUGAUAUAAAUGACAUUGUUUACAUUAAUGUACAUUAUUUUGAUUUAUAUGUCAUUUCUAUUCAAAAUGAGAGAAAAAAAACGCUGCAACCCUUAC